AUGGCCCGGAUCGUCUUGAUCUGUAUCUUUGUCAUGUGCGGGUCGUUGCUGUACGGCAUUGACUCUGGUGAAAUCGGAGGCUUCAUGUCGAUGACCAGCUUCCUCAAGGAUUUCGGAUACUGGGACACGAAAACGGACGCGUACAACAUCGCCACUCCGGUCCAGCUGGCUAUCAACCUCCUCAUGCUGGUCGGCUCCGUGCUGGCCUGCUUCGUCGCUGGACCUAUCGGUACUCGUUAUGGCCGACGCGUUGGUCUCCUGUGCUGUGGUCUCUGUGGACUGGUCGGGCCUAUUCUCCAGGCCUGUUCGACUCACAUCGGGACCAUGUACGUCGGUCGUAUCAUUAGCGGAGCCGGCAUCGGUUUCGCUUCGAACUUCGUCCCCGUCUACCAGGCCGAAGUCUCUCCGACCCAUCUGCGCGGUAUGCUUGUCGGUCUGUACCAGGCAGGCAUCAACAUCGGCCAGUUCGCCGGUGCGUGUAUCAUGGAGGGAACAUACACCAUGUCCUCGGACUGGGCCUGGCGUAUCCCCCUGAUCACCCAGAUGGUGUUCCCCGUUAUCGUCGCGCUGCUCGUCUUCCUCCUCCCCGAGACGCCGCGCUGGCUGCUCUCCGUCGAUCGUCGUGAGAAGGCCGCCAGAUCCAUCCGUCGCCUGCGCGGCAAGAAGUAUGCCGAGGGCCAGAUCGUGGAGGAGAUUGACAACAUCUCGCAGCACCUCGCGGCUGAGCGGGCUGCCGAUGAGACCAGCUCGUACUGGGAUAUCUUCAAGGGGACCGAUCUGCGUCGCACCCAUAUCGCUUGCGGUCUCAUGCUGUUCCAGGUCUGGACCGGUAUCUCCUUCAUCACGACCUAUGGAACAUACUUCUAUACCACGUCUGGCAUCACGGACUCCUUCCUCGUGACCGUCAUCACGCAAGCCUGCCAGCUCGCAGGAAUCCUCGUCAUGUUCCCCAGCGUACACUAUCUCGGCCGACGCACGAUGCUCCUCUGGGGCGGCGCCGUCCAGACCAUCAGUAUCUUCCUGGUGGCGAUCAUCGGCACCGCUUUGCCCAACAGCGUCGCCGCCGGACGCUGUCUCGUCGCCUUCUGCUGUCUGUAUGGGUUCGCCUUCUCGUGGGCUUGGGGUCCUGUCGCCUGGGUCGUCACUUCGGAGAUCUCUUCCAAUGCCCUCCGGUCCAAGACGCAGAGUGUUGCCACCACCACCAACUGGAUGAGCACCCUUAUUAUUCAGAUCAUCCUGCCGUAUCUCAUCAACACCAGUGCGGCAGAUCUCGGAGCAAAGGUCGGCUUCAUUUUCGGCUCAACCUGUCUGAUUGGCUUGAUCUGGGCCUUCAUCAUGGUCCCAGAGACCAAGGGACGAUCCCUGGAAGAACUGGACGAAAUGUUCGCGAAUGGUGUUUCCAUCAAAGAUUUCCCCACGUACGUCUGCCAGGGUGUGCAGCCGGAUAUGGCGAAGACGGAGGUGGAUGUCGAUCAAAUCGAGCAUGUUGGGGAAGAGAAGGAGGCCAUCGUUCCCCAUGUAUAA